CUCGACUCCCCCCCAAACCCCAAUCUUCUCCCUCUUCCACAUCUCGUCUCUCCAUCUACACUUGUUCUCCAGCCUGCUGGCUUGUAAUUCUUCCUCCUCACCCGAGUCUAGAAUUUUGUUUCCAUCAUGAGAGGCGAGGUCUGCCAUCUUCACAUCGGCCAAGCUGGUACCCAGCUGGGUAACAGCGCUUGGGAGCUGUACCUGUUGGAGCACGGCCUCAAGGCUGACGGUCGUCACAAUCCCGAUGCUGGUGACAUCGGUGAGGGUGGUUCCUUCGAAACGUUCUUCACCGAGACCAGCAGCGGGAAGUACGUUCCUCGCUCCAUCUUCGUCGAUCUCGACCCUUCGCCCAUUGAUGAGAUCCGCACCGGGGCCUUCCGCCAGCUCUUCCAUCCCGAACUGUUGAUCAGUGGAAAGGAGGACGCUGCCAACAAUUAUGCCCGUGGUCACUACACUAUCGGAAAGGAAAUGGCCGACGAGGUCGUUGAUCGCAUUCGUCGCGUUGCUGACAACUGCUCCUCUCUUCAGGGGUUCUUGAUCUUUCACUCCUUUGGCGGUGGCACUGGCUCUGGAUUCGGUGCCCUGCUGCUGGAGCGUUUGGCAACCGAGUACGGCAAGAAGUCGAAGCUGGAAUUCGCCAUCUACCCUUCCCCUCGCGUGUCAACUGCAGUUGUCGAGCCAUACAACGCCGUUCUGUCGACCCACAGCACCAUUGAGAACUCGGAUUGUACGUUCCUGGUUGACAAUGAGGCCGUCUACGAUAUCUGCCACCGUCAGCUGGACAUUCCCCGUCCAAGCUUCGACCACCUGAACCGUCUAAUUGCCCAGGUUGUCAGCUCUAUCACAUCCAGUCUCCGCUUUGACGGUGCCCUCAACGUCGACCUGGCCGAGUUCCAGACUAACCUCGUGCCGUUCCCCCGUAUUCACUACCCUCUUAUCUCCUAUGCUCCCGUCGUUUCCAGCACCCGUAGCUCCCACGAGAGCUUCAGAGUGCAGGACCUUACUUUCCAGUGCUUCGAGCCUAAUAACCAGAUGGUCGUUUGCGAUCCCCGCAAUGGCAAGUACAUGGCUGUGGCCCUCUUGUACCGUGGCGACGUUGUGCCCCUCGACUGCACUGCUGCCGUCGCGGCCCUCAAGGCCAAGGCGUCCUUCAAUCUGGUGGAGUGGUGCCCCACUGGCUUCAAGCUCGGCAUCAACUACGAGAAACCAGUGCGUGUUCCUGGUAGCGAGCUGGCGCCCGUUGACCGGUCCGUCAGCAUGCUGUCCAACACCACGGCAAUUGCCGAAGCGUGGGCUCGUCUUGACCAUAAGUUCGACCUUAUGUACUCCAAGCGCGCUUUCGUGCACUGGUACGUCGGUGAAGGUAUGGAGGAGGGUGAGUUCUCUGAGGCUCGCGAGGAUUUGGCCGCUCUCGAGAAAGACUACGAAGAAGUCGCCAAUGACAGCAACGACGUCGAGGAGGAGGGUGAAUAUUAAUUGAACUGGCAGUCUCACUGCGAACUUGGCGGUUGUCUUCUACCUUUUGUUGUUGGUGUGUCUUGCCGUCUCUCCUUUGUUAGUCUGAAUAAUUUAUCCGUCUUUCGAUUUUACGACACCCCCAUUUUGUUUGUGCUGCGCCCUUGAGGCGCUGGUGUUCCACGAGCGCACCUGGACAGAGCAGCAAAGGAAUACAAAAUCUAUUAGACAUUCCCAU